ACUGUGAUGUGUCCUGUCUCACUUGCUUUGGGCCCCACACCGGCUCCUGCACCAGCUGCAGAGAGGGCCAGACGCUGGAGAGCCAUGGCCACUGUGUGCCAUCCACCAAUAAGUGCCUGCCCCACCAGUACUCCGACCAUGACAGCGAAUGCCACCCGUGUCACAAAUACUGUCACAGGUGUUCAGGUCCCAGAAAAAGCCAGUGUUUGAGCUGCAACCCGAGACACCUCCUGCUCAAUGGCACCUGUGUGGACGAAUGCCCGUCAGGCCACUACCAGGACGAGUCGGGGCAGAGAUGUGAGCUGUGCCACACUUCCUGUGAAACCUGCAUGGGGAAACAAAGCCACGAGUGUCUCACGUGCAAACCCCAACUGUUUCGAGAGGGCAAAGAGUGCGUGGAGACCUGCCAGCACGGUCACUAUGGAAACGCAGACUCGAGGACGUGUGAGAAGUGUGACCCGAGUUGUGGUGAGUGCAUUGGGGGCAGGGAGGACAGCUGCCUGAGCUGCGUGCCGGGGCUCAUCUACAUGCGGAGGGAAGGCCGCUGCCUCCCAUCGUGCCCUCGGGGAUUCUACCAUGACGCGGUGCACAGGACCUGCGAGCCCUGCCACGCCAGCUGCAGAACAUGCUCAG